CUCCUGCUUCCCUGUCAAGCUUUCAUGGCUUCCAUUGUUGAAUCUGGCUGGCGGUAUCUCAUCACAAACUUCAACGACUUUCAACUGGCAUGCCUAGGAAGUUUCUUUCUCCAUGAGAGUGUUUUCUUCUUAUCUGGACUUCCUUUUAUAUAUCUUGAGAGGGCAGGAUGGUUAAGCAAGUACAAGAUUCAGGCAAAAAGUAACAGCCCAGCAGCUCAGGAGAAAUGUAUCACUCGCCUACUGCUAUAUCAUUUUUGUGUCAAUCUGCCAGUUAUGAUUGCUUCCUAUCCUGUCUUCAAAUUCAUGGGGAUGCAAAGUAGUCUUCCAUUGCCGUCCUGGAAAGUGGUUUCAACGCAGAUAAUUUUCUACUUCAUCCUGGAGGAUUUCGUAUUCUAUUGGGGACAUAGGGUUCUACAUACAAAAUGGUUGUACAAGCAUGUGCACAGUGUUCAUCACGAAUAUGCUACACCUUUCGGACUGACUUCUGAAUAUGCUCACCCAGCUGAGAUAUUAUUCCUUGGCUUUGCUACAAUUCUUGGUCCUGCCAUAACAGGGCCUCAUUUGAUCACUCUGUGGUUAUGGAUGGUACUCAGAGUGCUGGAGACGGUUGAGGCACAUUGUGGUUACCAUUUCCCAUGGAGUUUCUCCAACUUCGUACCUCUAUAUGGAGGUGCUGAUUUUCAUGACUAUCAUCACCGUUUGCUUUAUACCAAGUCUGGCAACUAUUCAUCAACUUUUAUCUACAUGGACAGGAUAUUUGGAACCGACACUGGUUACAGAAAGUUGAAAGCACUGGAGAGAGCUGGAGUUGAAGAUGAUGGCGAGGGUACAUGCUAUGCCAAGGGUACAUCCAAUGGCAAGGAGAUGUGACAGGGAGCCGGUU